AGACGCUGGGAAGAGGCACCAACUGGAACAGACCAAAAGGCGAGGGCAAAAACCUACACAGACUGUAAAAACGACUGGAAAUACUGGACAUACAUUUCAAAGAGCGUCGAAAGAAUUACUUUCGACCCUAAGAGGUCUCUUUCAUCCUUCAGUUAGCUCUCUGGGUUGCUAAGCUUGAUGUCACCAUAGUGUAGUGGACCGGCAUUAACAGGCGUUGGACGAUUAUGGCUUGUUUACUCAAAAGCACCAUCUCCAAGUCUGACUGCAGACCUUUCUGGGUCGUCGUUCUUCUCCUUGGCAUCUCAGCUGAAAACACUCAAGCUAAAACUGUCCUGGCUGUACCCCAGCAUGUGAGCCUUUCAGCUAACUAUCCCACUCAGCAACUAUCCAUUUCCUGGUUUGGAGGAAAGGCCACUAUCUUUGAAAUCAUCAUUUUGAGAACAGAAUUUAAUGAAACCGUCUUUUAUGACACGGUCUCUGCUGUAGUGAACCAGGAUGGUGGUCAGCACCAAUGGACCUGGACGUCUGUGGAACCUCUGGAGUGUACAUCACUAUCAGUCAAAAUCUGCUCAAGGGAAGGAAAUGCAAGAAGUGAAUGGAGUGAACCUCAGAUCCUGGAAGGAAGAGAUAUCCCCAGCAACAGUGACGCCCAGAUGUAUCCCCAUAGCAAAGUUGUGUCUGUAGGGUCCAACACAACCUUCUGUUGCAUUGUUGCGGAGGGAAUGGAGCUCAAAAAAAUCUACUAUGGAGGAACACUCAUGAACGUGACACGUUUGAGUCGACGAAGUUAUGCCACCACAGCUGUUAAUCAAACAGCAUCUCGGCCGUCUGGAACCAACGUUUUCUGUCUUCCACAUGGCAGAAAUGUAAUAUCAGGAGCCGUCAUCUUUGUUGGAUAUCCACCUCGACCCCGCAAGUUAUCUUGUGAGACUCAGGACUUGAUCUCAGCUGUGUGUCACUGGGAUGAGGGACCAGACACCAAUCUGCAAGGCAAUAGGACAACUCGAUACUCUAUAAACAACAGGUACUGUCCUCAGAAGAGCUGUGGGACACCUCAGUGGGACGGUAGCUGGACUCUGGUGGCUGUUAAUCCUCUUGGUCAGUACACUCUGACUGACUCAGCGGAACUUGAUCACAGAGUGUGCCCCGUAGAACCAGUUAACCUGACUGCUGUUGUUCAAAUCUUUAAUGUGACUGUGGAUUGGAAGUGGAAAUACGACUAUUCCAACCACGAGCUUGUCUGCCAGGUUGAACUAGUGAGCAGUAAUACAACGCUUAGAAAUUUCUCAGGUAAGGGUUUGCACUCUGUGGUUCUGCUGGAUCUCCACUUUGAUGAGGAAUACAGAGUUAAAGUCCGCUGUGGAUCCCAGAAGCAUUUCUGGAAGUGGGGAAGCUGGAGCAAAGCAGUUACCUUUAAAACCAAACCCUAUGUUCCAGAUUCCCCUGAUGUGUGGCUCUGGGUGAACAGAGACAGUGGACAAAUUAUUUGGAAGCCUCUGACAAGAUGGCAGAGCCGCGGUCAAAUCAAAGGAUACCAGGUUACCUUUUGGAGCCCUGGAGAAAAUGAACCAAGUGUGAAGUUUUUAUCUGCAGGAAAUAACUUUUUGUCAGUUAACCUCACACGAUGGGCUUCAUUCAGCGGUGAUAACAAACUCAAUGCAACAGUGACUGUGAAAGCCGUGGGGGGGGUGUCUCGGCCUUCAAACGUACCAUUGCGAUUGACAGGUGAGGAGCCCUCCGCUUUGGAAAAGACUGUCUAUACAAGCAGUGGUUUCCCUUUGAGCUGGCAGCACAACGGCAACAGCACAUGCAGUUAUUUGGUCGAGUGGUGUGAUGCCUUUUGUAUGCAUGACUGCCCUGUGGACUGGAUCAGACUGGACGCUGGAAAGACUAACGUCUCUAUUCAGUCUGCCAACUUCCAGCCUGGUGUGAGGUACAACUUUUCCCUCUACAGCUGCCCGUCAGAUUUCCCUGUACUCAUGCGGCGCUGGAUAGGAUACAUGCAGGAGCUGGUCCCGUCCAGCUCCGUCAAUCUGGAGACUACUCAGCAGGACUGUGAUGUCGUCCUUACCUGGGAUGAGAUUCCAUUGGCUAACAGGAGAGGAUUCCUCCAGGGGUACAAUGUUUACAUCAGCAACGGUUCUCAGCUCAUACUUCUUGCAAAUCUGAACAUAGGAACAAGAACAUACACUGUAAAGGGUCUGUCUGGAAGCACCCAUAAGUUUACUGUGAAGGCCUACACGUCUGCAGGCGAAGAUACAGGUGGAACUGCUGCCAUAUCAAUGAAGGAAUGUGGAGAUGGACUGAUUCUGGAAAUUCUGGCCUCUUUGGGAAUGGUAACCCUGUUACUGGUGACGGCUGCCUACUUCUGCUACAAAAAAAGAGGAUGGGUUAAAAAGGCCUUCUAUCCAGACAUACCUGAGCCCAAGCUCCCGGGUGAUUGGUCCAGGACACGGGGGCCAUUGGACUUGAAGCCAGCUCCCCAUAGUAUGGUCAACAUCAUAGAGAAACCUGAGCGAGAUUUAAUUAAAGAUGCCCUAAUUGCCAUUGCAGAGGAAGAAGAGAUUGAUGCAGGGGACGGAAUUGGUGAUGAGCCAGUAGACACAGAUGAGCCGCAGUCGUUGCGUUACUACAACCAAGUGGUUGAUGAGCGCCCCAUAAGACCUCGCUUUCCAGACUCCUCGGUUUCCUCCUCAUCUUCUGUAGAUUCAGCAAACACUGAUGUGACCUACACAGGUAUUCAGACAUCCUGCUCUUCUUUGGUCUUCCCUUCGGACUCUCAAAGCCCGUCUGAGGUCUUCCAGCCGCACCACAGUCUCCCUGUAAGCAGCGGGGACAGAGGAGGGGGUUACCAGCCACAGAUGCACCCAGUAGCCUCAGCCUCCUCUGAGCCUCUUGAAGAGCCACAGGCUCUUAGCUCUGGAGGCUACAAGCCACAGAGUUCCUGGCUUUUAGACUCUCCAAGAGAGGCUGAUGAAAAGAUGAGCCCCACCCACUCGCUGGGUUCACCCACCUCUGUAUCUUCCUCACAGUUCCUCCUGCCUGAUGGAGAGGAGCAUAAAGAAGAAAGACAAGCAUCAUCAUCGGCAGCAGCCUGGUUCACCAAUCUGCUGACAUCUGCAAAACCGUGACAUUUCAUGGUUAGACAGAAUAACCUUACCCUUUUUCUGUUACUUGUGCCUCAAAUCAACAUGCAAGGAAGAAUCCUCCCUUACAAUGUAGUCCUGCAAUUGAAAAAUCAUUAAAGGUAUAGGGGAGGAUUGUCUAGAAUUUUCUUUUAAAAACUGCCCUCUCCACAUGCACAGCCAUGUGCGUGCUCCCGAGAGGGAACGCCUAUUAAACCUGUGCAAGAGCAUGCAUGAGCCCAUUUCUCCUCGUUGUAGUAGCAGUGAUGUGAAAUAGGUUUCUCCAAAUAGCAUGCCAAACUUAAGCUGUUCAGUAGAAACUUCGCAACCGAGGCAUCAGUGGGAAGCCCAACAUGCACUUUCAGUGUACGUUAUCAUGUAAAAGAACCACCCAAAAACACCCUGGUGUUGUUGCUCUCUUCUGAGGCUUUCUCUUCUUCUCAUAAACUUCGUAGACACUUUUUCUCUUACGACCCUCUGCCAUUUUCAAAGUACCGCAGUGAGAGAGGUGAGCUUCAGUGACUGUCUGAAACCGUAGCUCACCAUAGAUAUACGCCCGAAAGCGUGCAUGCGCAGAAAUGUAUUACCAGAAUGAAUAACAAUUAGGUGAAGCACUUAAUUUAGGGACCCACCCAUAAAAAGAACAUCCUCCACUAUACCUUUAAGGUAAAAAAAAA